AUGACUAGACAAACAGACUUCGGUUCAGAAAAACCAUCCGACUUUGAUCCUCCUCAAGCUAGUGCCACCGCCAGAUCUAGCAGCAAUGCUGCUACCACCGGUUCUGACUCAGUAGGCCAAUCAGGCUUCAGAGAUGCAGGUACUUCUUUCUCUGGUGGAACACCUUCGACUCUCACUCAGGCAGCGAGCGGGACCGAUGCGCUCCAAAGGUCCUUUGUGGCCCCACUCAGUCAAGGAUCCAAUACCACUACAGCUGCCGCUAGCGCUGCAGCUCGAUCAUCUAGAUUAGCUGCGGGUGAACAUAACCCACGGAUCAACAUGAUAGAAGCUGAUCAUGCGAGAGUCGAGAGGGUAACUUCGGGUGAAAACAAGGAUCCUGAAGCAGAAUGGCUCAAGGGUGCAAAUUUAUACAAAUAG